CGUGAAAUAGUUGUUUUGAAAUACGAUUAUUAAUCCAAUAAACUAAAUAAAAAAUUAAAUUUGCUGUAACGUAUAAUAAAAUUUCGAAUUUGAAAAAAAAUGUAUUUCACGAAAAAAUUGCAAUGUAUUUUACGUUUAUUUGAAAUCGCAUCUCGAUUGAUUUUAAACGGAAGUUUAUAUAUGUAGAUAGCAGUCAUUUUUGUUACCUUGCAGCAUUAAAACUAUAUUUUGUACUAAUACUUUUUGGAUAUGCAACAAAAUAUAUAUUCUAUCAGUUCAAUUUAGUUUUAUUUAAAAAGGUGAUACUUCCAUUUAUCUUAUUACAUGUGUUAAAUACGACUGAUCUGCAAUGUUUUCUUUCCAACCUUAUAAUCAGGUGUUAUAUCAUCUGGCACAAUUAACUUCAGUAGUUAGUCCAAAAUCUACAUCAUUUCCAGUUAAAAUAAAAAGACAAAAUGAGUUGAAAAAAUCUGUGAAUGACAUCUCCUCUAAUAAUUUGUCAGAUGCUACUAAAAAUCAUAUUGAUACAUUAAUAAGUAAAUUAAACACAUCUAAUGUAAUUACAAUGUUUGAUAUAAGGACGAAUAAUGUUUUGAUAGUGUUAGAUCAAGUUUCUAUGAGAAUUUUUAAGAGAAAUUUAGAAAACAAUAACAAAUGGAAAGUAUCAUAUAUAUCAGAAUUGAAUUCUAUAAAAAACAAACAUAAAUAUCUGUAUAAGAAAUGUGCUGAAGAAAUUAUUUUACCUACUAUGUAUUUAUCAACGAAACAACGUCAUACAACAUUAUGUACCUUUUGUAAUAAAAAUUUAUUUAAUUACCAUAUACAAAUACGUAGUUUUAAAACAAAACGCAAUGUGAAUGCUGAAUUAGAGAAACAAUCAUCGCUUAUAAAUAAAUUAAGAAACGUGUUCGGUUAUUUUUCUGGAACAAAUUCAGCAUUAGUGCAAGCAGUGAAAAAACAGAAAGAUAUGAUGGAUCUCAAAUCUUUAUUCACUAAUGAAUCCAGUGAUUAUAAAACUAUUAUACUAGCUUUUAUUGAAGGAUUUGAAGCAGGACGCCAAUCGUCUUCUUUUGGAUGGGUUAAAACAUUAUAUAGUUUAGCAUCAGGAUGUGUGUUUCUAUCACUCUUAUAUAUAAUUUAUGUUGUAGGAAGUGGAUUACGAUUUCCAAUGGAUGGUAUGAAGUUUAGACCAGAAAUAACACAUAUAACUUUCAAUGAUAUUAAAGGAGUUGCAGAAGCUAAACAAGAAUUAAGAGAUAUAGUUGAAUUUUUAAAAAAUCCAGAUAAAUUUGUUGCACUUGGUGCAAAGUUACCUAAAGGCGUAUUAUUAGUAGGACCACCAGGAACAGGGAAAACAUUAUUAGCUAGAGCAGUAGCUGGUGAAGCUGGUGUUCCAUUUUUUCAAGCAGCUGGGCCAGAAUUUGAAGAGAUUUUAGUAGGACAAGGUGCACGAAGAAUGAGAGAUUUAUUUAAAGCAGCAAAAGAAAGAGCACCCGCUGUAAUAUUUAUAGAUGAAAUUGAUUCUGUUGGUGCAAAACGAACAAAUUCAUCUCUUCAUCCAUAUGCAAAUCAAACAGUAAAUCAAUUACUUACAGAAAUGGACGGAUUCCUUCAGAAUGAAGGUGUUAUAGUAUUAGGUGCAACGAAUAGACGCGAUGAUUUAGACAAAGCAUUGAUGCGACCUGGUCGUUUUGAUGUUGAAGUUCUUGUUGAUAUACCAGAUUACUCAAGUCGAAAGGAAAUUUUUGAGUUAUAUUUAUCAAGAAUAUUUACUGAAGACGUCGAUUCAGACUACUUAGCAAAAUGCACUCCUGGAUUUACUGGAGCUGAUAUAGAGAAUAUGGUAAAUCAAGCAGCUUUAAGAGCUGCUAUAAAUGAUGCUGAACAUGUAACAAUGAAACAUUUAGAAUAUGCUAGAGAUAAAAUAAUCAUGGGUCCAGAAAAAAAACAAAAAAUUAAAGACAUAGAAACUAAUACCAUUACAGCAUAUCAUGAAGCAGGACAUGCAUUGGUUGCAUAUUAUACUAAAGACGCACCACCAAUACAUAAAAUUACUAUUUUGUCUCAUAACUAUUCUUUAGGACAUACUGCAUUUUUAUCCGACGAUGAGUAUCAUACAACAAAAUCUAAAUUAUUAGCUCUAAUCGAUAGUGCAAUGGGUGGUCGUGCUGCAGAAGAAUUAAUUUUUGGUCCUGAUAAAGUAACAUCAGGAGCAUCUAACGACUUUAUGAGGGCAACUGCCAUUGCAGAAGAGAUGGUACAUAAAUAUGGUAUGUCUGAAAAAGUUGGUUUUGGUAUAAUUCGUAAAAAAGGACAAAUGGAUGGAUAUCAGUUAGGUCCUAGCACAAGUGAUCUUGCUGAUAAAGAAGUGAAACGCCUUUUACAAGAAUCAUAUGAACGAGCAAAACAGACAUUGCAAAAACACGCGAAAGAACUUAAAAUAGUAGCAGAUGCUUUACUUAAAUAUGAAACAUUAAGCUCUAAAGAUGUAGAAGCUAUAAUUAAUGGAGAAAAAAUUCCACCUGAGGUUUUAAAAAAUCAACCACGGAUUGUAGAUCCGUCUGAACAUGUAUUAUAAUUAGUAAACCAAGAUUCAAUUUACAAUGAUAUAUAAAAUAAAUUAUUUCGUGCAGUAUCGCAAUCUACAAUUAUAUUUUAUAUUACUUUAUUAUAAUAAUUAUAUUUUACAAUUUUAAUAUAGACGCAGAAUUAUAGAAAUUCAAUAUAUCAGAUCUUUCAAUUGAGAAUUUUGUAAUACAUAACUUUUAUUUCGUUAUAUAAUUUCAAUGCAUCAAAUUUAUAUAAUAGUUCAUAUGAAUUUAUAUUUUACAGCCAAUUAAUACUAAAAGUCUCAAAUGAAAAUAAAUUAAGACAAUAUACAAAUAUAUCAAAAAAUAAUAUAAAUGUAAAAUACUAUAUAUAAUUAUAUAUAAAGACAAAAUUGUAUAUAAGUAGGUAUUGUAACAAAAUUUUUACAUUACCUAAAAUUUAUAGCAAUAAUCAUACAAUUAAAAUUUUCAUAAAAUAAUUCUGCAAAAGAAAUUUUAUUUUUCGUUCAUAAAGAACAUAUUAAUGUCAUUAUUAUUGUUGCAAGAAUUUAUUGUUUGCAAUAUUGAACAGAAAACAUUAAUAAUAUAUAUUUUUACAAUAUAAUUGUAUUUUGGUUGCUAAUAUAACAAUAAAUUCUUUUUUAU